AUGUCUACCAAUUCGGAUUUGUAUUACCAAUACAAAUCCGAAUUAUACUGUGGUUCUUCUAGUCAACAGGCAAAACCUGUACAUAAGGAACAAACAGAAUUAUCUAAUAGACACGAAUCUAUAAUCAAAACUGUGACAGUACCACCUACUAUCUUUGCUACAAAAGAUGAGUUUGUUAGAAUUUGGUUUUCAUGGAAAAAUGAUUUCUUUGUUUAUUUGAAGAAUAUUGACAAAGCUGAAGACAAAAAACAAAUGUGGGGUUUCAUGCUUUUAAAUCGUAUGGGUCCCAUUGGUCAAGAGAUUCAUAGAACAUUUCAUUUCUAUGGAGAAGAUAAAAAUACAUUAGAUAUAGACAUAUUAAUAAAGAAAUUUGAUCUUUAUUGUCUAUAUAGAGAUAACAAAAGAGGCAAUAAAAACAUCGACGAAUACAUACAUGAAUUGAAGUCCUUUGCUAUAGCACGGAAUUAUAUUGAUCCUACAAGGAUUGUGAAAGACAAAAUUAUACAAGAUAUGAGUUCCCAGCAAUUCACAGGAAAAGCUGCGCUUCUCAUAGAAAGUAAAGGAGAAAAAUUGAUACCAUAUUUACAAUCACUAAAUUUGUACCACAUCACUUUGUUCUGGAAACAAUGUGAAGAUUUAAUGACACAAAAAAUCGACGAAAUUCCAAAACAGAAUUUUCAACAGAAUUCUACCUAUGCUAAAUCUGCUACAACAGAGUCUACAUCAAUGGAACAGAAUCAAAAUCAAUGUACAACUAUUUGGGGACAUCAAUGUCAAUUAUGUUUUCCCAAAUUAUGUUGUGUCCAUUGCAGUAAACAUUGUAAACAGUUCAAUUAUUACACGGAUAAUUAUAAAGAUAAGUACAUAUAUGACUGUACUAAAUGCGGAAUGAGUCAUAUUCGAUCACGUUGUCCAGCAUACGGCGAACUGUGUAUAAAAUGCAACAAAAAGAAUCAUUUCUCGAAGAUGUGUCGGGUUCCUGUUGUAAUAAAUUGCUCUAAAUGUGGUAUGAACCAUGCAAUAUCAAAAUGUCCAGCAUAUGGUCAAAUAUGUCGUCAUUGUAAUAAACUGAAUCAUUUGGAAGAAAAAUGUCGAUUAGCCAAGUGUGUUUAAACAUACAAAGUGUCAUCUACUGAUAAAUUUUAUCAACAAGAAAGUUAUAAAAUUGAUGCAAAAUUUGUUAUAUCUAUUAUAUGUAUAAUUUUUGACGACAAAUGCCACAAAAAAUAUAACAGAUUUGUUUACAUGGCUUGACAGCAGAUUAACAGCAGAAAUGGGAAUGUAUGAUUUUCAAAAUUCUGCAUUACGAUUUUAUACCUACAUACUUUCAAACAUUUGUUAAGAUUCUAAGUAACUACAUCUAAGUAACUGCAGCGACCAUACUGAAUUGUGGACAUAAGCGAGAAAUGACACGUUAAUAUUUGUUAUAUGCUAUUUCUAAAUAAA